UUACUUAUUUAAUUGAUUUUAAUUCAUGUGGAACCCAAACACUUUGUUUUAACACAAAUCCAAGAGAUUUAAUGUGAUCUCCAACAGUUGUAUGAUGAACGCAUAACUCUUCUGCAAUUUGUCAACUUGUUAAAUGUGGGUAAUUUUGCAACAUGCUUCGCGAAACAUCACUACCGAUCUUGGAUGGUCGUCCAAAUUGACCAUUCUCUUGGAGGCUCAGAUCCCCGGAACGAAAUUUGCUUGAUACGUUGCUUACUUUUUGGAAUUCAUCUGCUGCAGAACUUUCCCUCCAACCUAUUAAGUAUACAGCACGUGUUUACUUCUUAAAAAGUAGCGAUUUUAAUUUUAUUGGACAGUGAGUUGGCAUAUGUAUGUAUGGGUGUAUGUAUUUUCAAAUGCCCUAAACGAAUUCUUUUGUAAUAUUUUUAUACUCAGUAAACAUACACGACGAGUACGCGACUGAGUCUUUGCUCUAAGAGAUGGCAAUGCGUAUGAGUCGUAGUUUAAGUUGAUACUUAAAGUUUGAAUAUUCUGUUAUUGAUAUAAGCAAAAUGAAAUCGAGUUUUAUUGCAAUAGUUUGAAGAAGAUGUACUGUCAAAAGUGGAGAGUUCAUUCCGAAAAUUAUGAAAACUCUUUACUUUGUAAGACUUAAAAGUUACUAGUAACAGAGCCUUAGGCAUGGUGUAUGACCAACAGUCCAGAAUUUGGCGCAUGGGCAGUGUCCUAAGAUCUGGUAUUUACGGGUUAGAAUUGCUGUAAAUUUUGUAGAACAUCAAUUUUGUUUCAUUGUCUUAACAGAUACUUUGAAUGACAACAAAUUUUUACCUACGGAAAAACAAUUUUUCUUUUACUUUUUGUUUUAAUACAUAAAUAUAUGCUUAAUAAUCUUCUCAACGAUUAUUAUGCUAUUACCUCUUCUUCCAAACGAAAUGCUUGCAAACGAAUUCCAUUUAGGCUGUUGCAAGAGCGUUAUCUCUUAAGAAACCAGCCUUUUAUCUGGUACGCAAUUAAUAGCCUAAAAUCUGCUGUUGAAGCAACAGCUCAAGAUUUGAUGUUUAAGUAGUAGCUGGAUAUUUAAGCAUUGGCUCAAGAACUGAUCGGCACAUCUGGCACAUAGGCAACAGCCUAAGAGAUUUGUAAUUCCUCACUUCUAGAGAAUUUUCCAACUAAAUGCGUGCUGUGCCUAAUGUCUUAGUCUGCUGGUACGGACUUUUUUCCCUAGCUCAACAAUUGAAAACUGGGUUACUGGGUAAAAACAAAUUAUACAGAUGUCCACGGAUGGUAAAACUUACGUCUUUGCGAAGGCUGAAUCAGUAAGAAAGGGAUAAUAUUGUUGCCAUUGCCUCUAAACCUAUGUUAGACAUGAUUGUUGUUGUCAAUCGACUUGAUAUUAAUGACAAUCCUCCCAAUUCCAAGGUAGAACUCAGCAAAUUGGGAAUACGUAAAACUAUCUUAAAGCUAAGUGUACGAUCAAAAUCAACUUGUGAAUUUGGUACUCACAUUUUAAUUAUUUCCGGAAAAUUACCUAUGUAAACGAUUUCGGGUUUAAACACUGUAACUUGUAAACUACACUUACCGACUUUCAUCAUUCCUUUUUACACCAAUCAUUCUAUUCCGCUUAAAUCAUACGUUGUAGGUCUGUUAAACUUCCAUUCAAGUCACUUUCCUUGUUGUACCUAUUUUUAUUUCGUUUAACUCUUUACCUUAUGCUCUAAUCACGUUAUCAUAGAGCAAUAUUUGUCUUCAUUUAGCUAUCAAUUAUGCUAAAUUCAUAAAUCACCGACAGAGGUUUUUUGUAAACGGGGCAGGCCAACACUUCAACUACUUGUCAAAAUAAAAUUUUUUUUAUAAUUGUGUACAGGUGGAACGAUGUUAACGCUUGGAUUGUCAGCACAAGAAAAGAACCAAGAGGGUUUUAUUCCUUCGUUAAAAUCACCGCUUUAUGCUCUAAUCGGCGUUGUCGAUUGUCUCUAAUUCUGGUUUUCACUACUUAAAUCACACCAUGUGGUAAUCCCACAGUUAAGCUAAACCCAAAAUACGUACAAUAACUGAAUUAAUCUUAAAUCUGUAUGCCCAAAACCAAAAUUUUUCCUCGUUUCAGUCCUUGCAAUGCAUCGGUCAAAGAGUGAACAGAAUCUAUAGUUUUUGCCAAAAUUCCAAUGCGGGUUCAAGGAAGUCUUGCGGAUUAUAACUUACGUAGUGUUGUUAAUAGCCGAUAUGGUAGAUUUUGAUAUUUAUGUGUAGAAAAUACAGGAAGCAAUUUAGCCACUGGCAGUGCCAGACAGCAAACAUCUUCGUUGACUUAUCAGUCUUCACGUGGUAGAUUUUUGUCUAUUCAGAUUUCAGUUUUCAUCUAAACGCGACUAGUAGCACUUAAUUAAUUGACAGGCAGUCGGGAUGAUUUUGUGAAUAUGUAUAUGCAUUUCGUCUCUUUCGUCGCCUACAUAUUUAUUUAUGAAAAUGUGCAAAUCGAAAGCUUUCGUAUAUUAAUUCAAUCAGAUAAAUAGCGAAAUUGCAUAUAUCCACUAACAUAUCGUUGGUAUCUGCUUUUUUCGUUCUUUUUUGUUCAUAUAUUUCAUGGCCGUUUGCUUCAUUCAAACAAGUUGAGAGAGUACGAUAAAAUUCAAAACUAUUUGUUUUUAGCUCCGCUAGAUGGUUUAAGUUUCAUAUUUUUUUAAACUUUUUUUUAUAUUUUUAUAUAUAUAUUUUUACAAUAAUUUUUUAUUUUCGGACUAUUUGCAAAUCAUCAUGUUUGGUAACCUUGACGAGUUGUCGAGAUCGAGAUGGAGAAGACCGAGUAGUCUUUAUCGUCCAACGGUAUUGGUCGGUAAUUGGUUCGAAGAGCGUUGCUCGAGCGAAACUGAUCCUAAAGCCAUUAUACCGGGAAUUUAUGGUAAAAGCGGCGGUCUUGACGACGUCACAGUGUAUAAAACCGAUUUUAUAAAUCCACUCAAAGAGGAUUCCGAAAAAAUCGCGACCGAUUAUUUGAAAUUAAAGCAGGAAGGAUUCAGUAAUCGUCUCAGUGGCGAAAUUGCAAACUUUACAUUUGGAGCUGGCGAUUCAUGUACCAGAAAUCUACCUUCUAUUACGCGUACCGCAUACAGAAUGCCGCCGAGGAAAAAUCAUGACGAAGAAUACGUGCCAAGGCAAGGAAAGCGGCAAAAUGUCGAUAAUUUACAAAGUUACGAUGUGAAGAACUCUAAUGUUCGAUUAAUGCAACGCCAAGCCUGCCAACACUGGAUGCAAUACAAUUACCCAUACGAUGUCACGCGGUAUAGGGAACAAUUUACGCCAAAAUCCGUGAUUAUAUCGGUUUGCUGUUGUCACUUUAUACAAAAUGGGAUAUGUAUCCGCCCUCACAAGCAUUUUGAGAGAAGGUUCAUUUAGUCUGCAUGCUUCAGUUUUCAUUAACGACGAUAUGAAUGCGGAAAAGUCAAUGCAGAAAAACCGCGUUCACGACGAAUAAUUUAAAAACGCUCCGCGCUAUGCUAAAAAAAGAGGGUGAAGUACGUAAAUUCCACUUUUUCGCAAGCCAGUAAGUCAGUAAAAAAUGCUUUCUACACAGCUUACACCAAUGUAGGGAGAGUAAUCCCGUAGCUUUGCAUUUUAUACAACAGCGACAGCCGCAUAUUUCAUAAAUGAGUAACUUCACGGCGUUUUCGAAAAGCCUACCAUAAAUAAGUAGUAGACUACGCACAUAAAUGCUCGCUGUUUUAAGUUUCAUUGCAGACGUGAAACCGAACUUUUAAUGAAACGUUAUGAUAUUUAUCAGGUGAAGGCAGGAAACGAAAAAGUAAAUUUUAAUUUUCUAACUUUGCGUCCCAAUCUUUUCCUUGGAUAUUUUCGCUAAUGCUCAGUUUUCAAGUCUAGUCAGGUGGAAUCCGUAUUUGCGUCUACCGCGUCAUCAAGUUAUUGGUUUCGAUAAAUAGUCUGUCUUAGGUGCUCUUUACUAACUUUAUCUACACAUUACUUUAUUUAUGUGCGAUUUUCUCACUGUUCAUUAACACUAAAAACCACUAUUACAAUUUAAGAAGAAAAUAAUCUAUCCGCGACUUUUUCAUACCUAGAAUAUCCUAGCGUUGCCAUAUUAUUAGCGUAUGGUUAUGUUAUGAAGUCUUCUGGCAAUAACUACUUGUAACGAUAGCUGGGUGGUAAUUAUGGAGCUGAAAGACAGCUUUCGCCUUUUUUGCCAAACAGUCGAACACAAAACAAAAGGUAAGUUUUUCUUACGUGAUUACAACCCCUACUUUAUGGUUUACGUGGCAACUGAGGCUUAUAACCCUUAAAGUGGAAUUGAAAAUUUGCGUACUCGAUAUGUGUUGCUUUGGGAAUUUAAAGAAGGCGGUAGCGAUGAGAUAAAAGCUGAAAAAUAUGCAGAGUAUACGCCUAACGCCUUUUCGGACUUGACGACACUGAUGUAGAGGUAACAUUGGA